UCAGUGAAUUAUAAUCAAUUAUUCAUACUUAUUUUUUUUUGUUUAUUUUUAUUAUCUAAAAACGUGUAUUGUGAAGAUCAAAAGUCAUCUUAAAACGUGGGAAAAACACCAACGAUAAUAUCACAAGUUAUUAUAUAUUUUUUCUUCGCAAAUUUGUUAGUUUGCUGGUAAAUUAAAAUGAACGAAGAAGAUAUUGAUGUCUUUAUAAAAAAUCAAAAAGACUUGUGCAAUUUUGUUUUAACUCAACAUGUUUUAAAUGUUUCUAAUUAUUGUUCAUCGUCAUUUGAUGGACUUCUAUGUUGGCCAAUAACUAAAAAAGGAAUGUUAGCAACACAACAAUGUCCACCAAAAUUUGUGAUGGGUUAUAAAAAUUCUGGUAAUCCAUUGGCGACAAAACAAUGCAUGCCAACUGGUAAAUGGUAUGAAAAUCAUGAAUCAGUUAAAUGGAGUAAUUAUAGUCUUUGUAAACCACCGUCUGGAUUUUAUGUUACCGCUAUUACAAAUAUUGAAAUCCAUCAUUCUGAAUAUGAGAAUAUUUACAAUUCAUCAAUUUUACAUAAAUGGGUACCAAUUAUAAAAAAUGUUGCAAAUGUUGGUUACACAUCGUCACUUUGUACAUUAAUAAUAGCAAUGAUUAUAUUUUCAUUACUACGAAAACUUCGUAAUCCACGUAAUCGCUUACACAUGCAUAUGUUUGGAUCAUUUAUAAUGCGUGCAUCAAUGUCAAUAUUAAAAAAUUGGCUAUUCAUUGAUGGUGUUGGUAUGUCCUGGGACAUGGUUAUUGUCGAUGAUCAAACAACUUUUAUCAAAGAAAAAAUAAAUUGGUUUUGCAAAGUAAUAACGAGUCUUUGGCAAUAUUCAAUUGUCGCAAACUAUGCUUGGAUAUUGAUGGAAGGAUUGUAUCUUCAUAAUCUUAUUUUUUUAUCAUUUUGUGGUGAAAAAACUGAUAUCAAUUAUUAUAUUUUUUCGGGUUGGAUAUUCCCGGCAAUUGUUGUUUCAUGUUGGAUCACUGUUAGAAUUUUUUUUGAAGAUACAUUUUGCUGGACUACUCAUGAUAAUCCUACACUUUUUUACAUCAUUCGUAUACCAAUUAUGCUGUCAAUUGUGUUUAAUUUUUUUCUUUUUAUCAAUAUUGUGAGGGUCCUUUUUAUUAAAAUGAAAACAUCCGUUCAUCUCCAGCGAAAAAAAAUGCAAUACAAAAAAUGGGCUAAAUCAACUCUCGUUUUGGUUCCUCUUUUUGGUGCUCAUUAUACAAUUCUUCUGGGUCUUUCGUAUCAUGAAGAUCGUCGGAUUGAAUUAAUUUGGCUUUUUUGUGAUCAACUAUUUGCAUCGUUUCAGGGAUGUUUUGUGGCUUUCUUGUACUGUUUAUUGAACAGUGAAGUUCGUGAUGAAAUUAAAAGAGCCUGGAGAGCAAAAAAAUCACGUCAUGAUUCAAUGAAUUUAACGAAUCGUUAUAUCACCGGAAAUCGACCAAUUAGACCCAUCAAUGUAUCAGUAUUUUAAAUAUUUAACUGUAAUUAUUUUAUUCAUAAAAUUAAAUACUUAAAAAUUAACAAACAUAUCAAUUUUUUUAGCUUCAA